CAUCACUCUCACAAGACAUUAACGAUGGAUCAUCUGACUGCUGCAAAUGUCAAGUUUCUGGUUGACCUCUUCAAGCACUUGGAUAAAGAUGACAGAAUUGUCAACAUCUUUGUAUCCCCAUUUAGUAUAUCAAGCGCUCUGGCUAUGGUGUAUCUUGGUGCCAGUGGAAAUACAGCAACACAGAUGGCAAAGGUGCUUGCUUUUGAUGAAGUCAAGGACGUCCACUCUGAGUUUCAGAAACUUCAACUUGAAUUGAACAACCCUCAAGCAAAGUACGUGCUGAAAACAGCCAACCGUGCUUUUGGAGAGAAGACCUACAACUUCCUUGCAACGUACCUUGCUGAUACACUGAAAUACUAUCAGGCAGAACUGGCUCCAGUUGAUUUUCUUACUGCAGCAGAAAAAGUCAGACAGGAGAUCAACACCUGGGCGGAAAAACAAACUGAUGGCAAGAUCACAAACCUACUGGCUGAAGGAUCUGUUGAUAACAGGACAGGGCUUGUUCUUGUAAAUGCCAUUUAUUUUAAGGGAAACUGGCACACAAAAUUCAAUAAAGAAUUGACAUAUGAUGGAGAAUUCAAAAUAAAGCAGCAUGAAACAAAACCUGUGCAAAUGAUGAAGCUAAAAAGCAGGUUUGCCUUCACUUAUAUUGCAGAAGUUUCAACCAAGAUACUUGAGCUCCCCUAUGAUUAUGGUGAGCUUAGUAUGGUCAUCCUAUUGCCAGAUGUAAAUGAUGACUUCACUGGGAUGGAAAAGCUUCAGAAUCAGCUGACCUUUGACCAUCUGAUGACUUGGACCAACCCAGAUAAAAUGGACAAGAUAGAGGUUGCUGUAUUGCUGCCCAAAUUCAAGCUGGAAGAGAAAUAUGAUCUUGAGUCUGUCCUCCAACAAAUGGGGAUGGUGGAUGCUUUUUGCACUCAUCAAGCUAACUUCUCUGGGAUGACUAGUGCAAAUAAUCUUUAUUUGUCCAAAGUAGUCCAGAAAUCCUUUGUGGAAGUUAAUGAAGAGGGUACCGAAGCAGCUGCUUCAACAGAAGCAGUGAUAUCAGUGCGAUGUAGAAGGCCGGAGUUUGUAGCUGACCAUCCAUUCCUGUUCUUCAUCCGGCACAACAAAACACGCAACAUUUUAUUCUUUGGAAGGUUCUCCUCUCCUUAAACAUGGUACCAUUCAGCUGCAGCAUUUUCAAUCCUUAUCAAUUGCUUUUAUUCCUAACAUUUCCCUUGCCCAGCCCACCCCACGAUGUCAAUCAUGAGAUGAAGAGUCUAUGGUUGGAGUGGAGAGUUCUCAGAUGCAGAACAUACAAAAGAAAGUUCUGUGUGAGUCUUCCUAUUGCUCUCAGUUUUGUUAAAUUAGAUAUCUCUUAUCUGAUUCAAACAUUAUUUGUGGCAGUGACAAUAUUUCCCGCUCCGCUCCCUCUAAUUAACACAAGAUAUUUUCCAGUCAUUUGUAUCUGAAACUCACAUCAGAUUUUCACAGUUGCAGUAUCUUCCUAAUUCUCACUUAAAUUCUCCAGUUCUCCAUUUGUCCUGUUUGCUCCUUUAGCCUGCUUGCUGUUACAAUCUGAAUUUAUGUAAGUGUUCUGGGUUAACAUCCCAACCUUACAUGAGAUGCUUUAUUUCUGGACAAAUUUCACUAGGCUGCCACGUCAUGUAAUGAAAUGCACUGAAGUGCAAUGACAUGGAAUCAGUGAAGUUUCAGUGCAAAACUUAUCCACUAUUCAGUGAAAAAUCUGAAAGUUAAUAUCCAAAGUAAGAUGCAAUCAAGAUUGUGUCAGAUGCUCUACGGCUAACGCUCUUCAUGCUUAUUAUCGAUCACUGAAAUAAAAAUUGA